UAUAUAAAUAAAUACAUCAUCUGCUUAUUUCAAAUAAUAGGGCGUGUUUUCUGCUUUACUGAUGUGGAGCUUUUCUGAAAUACAAGCCAGUGACUUUCAAAACUUCAAAACCUGCUUUGUCUGAUUGGAAGCAAAUACAGAACAAGCCAGCCUGAACUCCAGUUCAGGACUUAGCGAAGCUGAGUUUUGAUAGUGCUUCAAGCAGCUCGGAGGGGAGUUACUGUGAACCCAGGCUGAUAAGGUGAGUGAGGGCUGGACUCACUAGUAUUUCCCUGGCUUCUUUCCAGGAAUUGCUGGGGAUCUGAAAAAGAAGAGUAACAAAAGCUAAUCGGAGUUCUGACAGAAAUGGUUUCCCCCUGGAAUUUCACUGGCGUUGGUAGAUCUGCGGAUGACAUCCACAUGUGAACGACUGUGCAGACUCUGAGAUAAACCUCAGGCUUUUCACUUGUUUUUUUUUUUGUUUUGUUUAAAUAUUCUAUGGUGCUAAACACAUAACUUGGCACUGAACAUGCAUCAUUUAAGAUAUAUGUGGUGUUCAGCAUACAGAGCCAUACAGGAGUCACUUCAGAUUCCAAGAGUGGGAUAGUUGUUAUUCAUGACAGCAUGUACAGCAAGGAUCAAAGGUACAGAAGCAAAAUGUUUCUUUUGCAAUCAGUAGGUUAUAUUUCUUAAUUGCUGUGGAAACACUGAUGGAUGUACCGAUGCAUUUUUAUCAACUUGUGUUCAUCAGCAUUCUGUCCAUGGCUUGUCGCAGCUUGCCUGAAAGAUUUCUGGGAGAGCCACCUCAAAACCUACAAAUGGAAUCUUACAAUUUUCAGCACAUUUUGUCCUGGCAGGCAAAAAGUGAUCCAACUAUGCCAACAUACUAUCGUGUGCUGUACACUGACCGCAGGAGCUGGAAGACUGCUAAACAAUGUUCAAAUAUUACACAACUCUCCUGUAAUCUGACAGAUGAUUUUAAACAGGUGAACACUCAGUAUUCUGCAUUGGUUCAGAGCUGUGUAGGAAAUGAAGAAUUCAAUUCUCCUGUACUUCAUUUUGUGCCAGUUACUGACACAUUCCUGGGACCACCAGAAGUUAAUAUCAGUUCCUGUCUAAACUGCAUAAAUGUCACCAUAAAGCUGCCAACCUCUUACUUGAGAGAAAAUGAAAAGCUACUGUCUUUAAUUGAUAUAUAUCAAGAGCUUGAUUAUGAUAUAACACUGAAAACACUUGAUGGAGAGCAUAAGAGGCCACGUGAGAAAACCACUGAAGAUGUUUUUAAUACUGUCAUUGAAGAAUUGUAUCCAAAUAGAAAUUACUGUGUGUCUGUUAUGGUCACUGCAUCUCUAAACAAACAUUCCAUCCCGUCAGCCUGGAAAUGUGUAACUGCAGACUCUGUAGCUCAACAAGAUUAUCAUACAGUUGUAAUCACAUGUGCUGUAUGUUUUUCACUGAUGUUAGCUGGUGCCCUGAAAUGUAUGCAUGCAGGAGGCUAUAUUCUUCAAAAUAAAUUACUUCCACGUACUUUGGUAUUCAUCAGGAGGUUAGCCUAUCCACCUUGGACAUUUGAAUCUGAAAAAAUAGCCUCUAUAGAGAUCAUUUACAAAGAGGUUAAAAAAAAGGCAAAUGAAUCCAGUGGUGAUGUCAGCGAUGAAGAUGAGAGCGAUGACAGUGAUGUCAUAAGUAAUCAUGACUAUACAAGGCGUGAUAUCUUAAAUAGAGUACCUCAUUCCUCUGGCAUGCCAGAUGCAUCCGUGCAGUACUCGACAAAUAGCGUGUGUGAUGACAGCAGCAGCCAGGCAAGUGAAAAUCCAGGCACUGACCCAGAAGAUGUUGAAGAGCAAGAGUUGGGCAUUGAAGAAGACAAAGUCACAAGUCGAGAGUUGCUUAAUCCUUUCUCUGAGGCAAAUUGUAACUAUUCUUCGAGGCCAAGGGACAGUGCUUGCUUUACCAUUAACUUAAAAACUGUGCUGUUGGGAACCUCUGAAGAGAAUGUGGAUAGUUCUGCAGCUCUUCUUUCUUCCCAAGAAGAUGCAGCUGAUUGGCAAUGUACUCAUGCUGUUGAAGCAAAACUCCUGGAUGACACAGAAAGUGUGCAGAAACCCCACUGUCAUAAUGACUCUCACGAGUGGCAAAACUCCUCUCCUUCCUCUGAUGAAAGUGACUUAUCAGAUUCAGAUAUGUACCCAAAAAAUGAAUACAUAAGAAGAUGAACAAGUAAGAACCACUAUUGUUUUAUGACAUACAAAUCAAUGUUGUCCAACACCAUUGAUUUAUGGACUUGACAUACAGAUCUUCUUUUUCUUUUUUUUAACAUUCUGUGAGUAUAUGCCUGAACACUGAAAACACACAACAUUCAUUUUUAACAGCAAUUUUUCUGAUCUCACCAGGUUGCUGCAGAUAUGGUUCAGGUUGGAUGAGCCACAGAGAAACAAAAAUGAGUGUUCAGAUGCAGCAGAAAGAGUAGUUACUUCAUUUUGCAGUUUGAUAGUGAACUACACCUUUUAGCUCUUCCAAAGCAAGCAUUUCCUGUAACUCAAGUGAGAAGUUAGUUUGUAGUACAGGGGUUGUGAGUGGCUGAUCCCUCAACCAGACCACUUGUUUUCAUUUUCCUUUUUUUAUUUGUUCACCCUGCUGCUGGAUUACUCUGGAACCUGUUUUGCUGGAUGGAUUGCUGUAUUCAAGUCAGAGAACAGAGUUCUACAGUUGUGCAGAGAAAACUGAUCAAGUGAAAUAAUGGGGGCAGAGAUAAGAAUAUUCAGUCUUACAGGAGAGUUCUCCUUACUGUGAAUCAAGGCAUUUAAUAUACCUUUUUAUAAUUUUUUAAUAUAA